GCUGGGUGGAAGGCGGGACGAGACGGGACGGUGGGUGAGUUAUUAGUGCUCCCUCAGCGCUUGUUUCUCGGCGGCGGGACGUGCGGAGCGGACGCUUUCCCAAAUGACUCCUUCAGGACGACUCGCUCGCGCGGCAGCGUCGCGGGAGGCCGUCGCGCGGCGUGGCGGGACCCGGGCCGGGCUGCUGUGCUGGAGUUUAGUUUGCCUGGCGUCCGCGGCCGCAGCGCAGAGCGGAGAGACCUUGCCACCGCCAAGUCUUAACCUGUCGUUGACCGAUGGGUUUUUCCCCACCUUCUCAUGGGCACCACUACCACCGCAGUAUAAAGCGAGCAAGUGCGUUUAUGUCAUAACAAAGAACGGUGAUCCUGCUUUACAGCUCCCGGCCACGUAUGCGAGUUACACGUUUCGCGUAACGAUGGAGGGAGGACGUGUGAACUUCUCCGUUCAAAUCCGAUGUGGCGACAAAUCCAGUGCAGCGGUGGUGCGGGAAAUCGACUAUCCAGAGCUGGUGAGCCAGGUCCAGUGUCUCGUCCACUCUUCCCGGCUCAUUCGCUGCUCCUGGAGCCCCUCCAAGCACGUCCGGGACCUCGGACUCUUCCUCCUGCGGGACGAAGAGGUAGUCCCAUACGAGUGUCCUGCCUACGAGUCCAGCGAAGGCGUGAGGACCGGGUGCCGCCUGCGGGGCGGGGACUUGGGCGCCAUAUAUCUCAUGUUCAACGGGGACAGUGAGCGACACGCUCGCCAGAAACACCUUCACGACACACCCUCACAACAACGGCCUCCACCCCUUAACUGGACGGUAGCUGUAGAAACGGACAACAUCACAAUUAGCUGGCGUCCACCUGACGUGAUGGAGCCUCAUUGCUGGGGCUAUAAAAUCAAGUACACAGCGUGUGAUGAAGAACAGGUUAAAGAAGUGGGCGUUGGAGUCAAUUCAGCACAGUUGACGUAUCUCCCUCACUGUCGAUACCGCAUUUCCAUUAAAGCGACCAUCGACACCUGUGGAACAGGGGAGACCCCGUGGAGUGAGGUGAAAGAAUUCGGUAAAGAUAAGGAUCCCUAUGCCGGCUUGUACAUUGCUGCAGCUAUCGUACCAGUGAUCUGCAUCACCUUGGCUGCCCUGGCUUUAGUGUGCUUCAGAAAGCACCAGGAACAGAUCAUCCCAAAGGUUCCAUGUCCCCCAGAAUCCAUAAAAAGCAUGUUGGACAACAACAACAUGAGCACUAUCGGGAGCCUGUACACCCCGCCGAAGGAAGAGGACGAUGUCAGUAUCACUUUAGUCACAGAACGUCAGCUCUCCUAAAAUGACCCUGCUGAGAGAGCGAGAGAGAGAGCUUGCCAGAUAUUAGAAUGUUAUCGAGCCCUAAAAAGGGAAUACAAAUUAGCCGACUAUCUGUCCACUGUCUGAGAUCCAUCCACAGUCUAGCCGUUGAAAAGGGCGGACACAAAAAAUCUUGGCUACCAAAAGAGCAAAGAAUAUGUGGCAGGCGAGGUCAAGACAGAGGUGCCCCUCCUCCUAAAUUGGGAGAAAUUCCAGAACAGAAGAGAAAAAUACCAGGAGAAGUUUGAAAACCAGAUUCCAAAUGUUCUUCUCCUGGAUGAGAAGGAACAAUGGUCGCUGCUUCUAGGAGAGGGCCAAAGGUCACACAGCCUGCAGCACAAUAUGUGUCAGAACGCCAUAGCUUAAGGGUCAGUGAGCGACCAAAACACUGCCAAUUUACUGUCAGCUGCUGUUCAAGUGCUGUUCUGUGUUUCUGCCAGAUCUUACCUGUUCCUUUUUCCUUCUUUUCUUUUUUUUUUUUACAUUUGUUUAUUUUUCCAUUUUAAUUUUUUGGUAUUCUGUUGACCUGCUUCGCUGUCACCUGCUUUAGCAACAUUGUAAUUAAUGCAGCCAUGCCAAUAAAGCAUUACUAAAUUGAAAUUGAAAGAGAGAGAGAGAGAGAGAGAUGGCCAGUUCUCAUCAGCUUGAGCCUAUCAAGGAGGAGGAGGAUAUAGCCAUACCAAGCUAAUUCAUUCAACGCAACGCACUCAGGAGGCAUUUCUUUAAAAAAAAAAAAAGGUGAUGAAACCGUAGUGAAGCAAAUAUCGGUGUGCCGUCAUCUGAGCUCAAGGUGCUGCUUCCUCUUUGAAAUGUUAUUGCUGAGAUGGUUUAUUUAUUCAAUGAGUGUGUUGUUUCGGAUCUUGGCUGACCGACGUGGGCUUUAAAGGUUUUGUCGUUGUAUUUUUAUUUAGGAUUUACUCCAUGACAUCGGUCCAUCGUUCAGUGGGGAAUUGUUUUGUGCCAGUAUGAUGAUGUGACUUUUCAAACUGCAAAAUACAGAUUGCACUUUAUUUGAACCCUCCUGGGUGC